AUGAAUUCGUAUUAUAAUAUUACAAACAAAAGAUUGUAUUAUAGAGGACAAAUUGAUAUAAUAGAUAUGCCAAUGCAAUUAACUAGCAACUAUAAAUACUUUCUUGUUUAUGAGGAUCAAACAUCUAGAUUUGUUGUAUUGAAAGGGUUACAUGGAAAUACAGCAAAUGAAGUAGCUCUAAAAUUGUUAGACAUAUUGGCUAUUAUUGGAGCACCGCAGGUGUUACAAAGCAAUAAUGGCCGCAAGUUUGCAAAAGAAGUUGUGCAAGAGUUGCGUCUCUUGUGCAAAGAUUUUAUAAUACUUCACGGAGAAAUCUCUCAGAACAAAGAACAGAACAGAGAUUUUAAGAAUUUACUUGAACGUUGGGUGGAAAAAAACCCAACAAAGACAUGGUAUGAAGCUGUGAAAUACAUACAAAUUUUUCAAAAUUCAACAUUUCGUUCUGAGAAUGGAAAGAUUCCUUAUGAUAUUUUAUUUGGACGAAAUGUACAUGAAGAUUUCGAGAAACGAAUUAAUACAAUAGAUUCAGCAGAAAACAUAUGGACAGAAGAGGAAUGGAUUAGUCUCAUGUCUAAUGGAACAGAUAAUGUUAAAAAGGAAAGUGAUGAACAGCAUACAGAAAAUUUAACUUUUACAGACAACAGAGAUGUGGAUAGUGUAAAAGAUUGUGAGAGUGACUCUUUCAGUGAGACUAAAGAUGAUCUCCAAAGAGACACUCCUGAUUUUAAUUUUGUGGACGUCAAGAGUGAACCACUAAUCAUGCACACAGAAGAUUCAGUAUUUGAGGAUGAUUCUGAUAUUAUAGAUGAUAAAGCAGUAUUAGCUGAGGAGAGUCAGAUCAAUUUAAAAUGUAAAGUUUGCCAAAAGCAAUACAUGAAACCUGGUUAUCUGAAAAAUCACAUGAGAACACAUUUAAAAGGAAAGAAGUUUGAAUGUGUUCUGUGUAACAAAACAUUUCACAUUUUAAGUUGGUAUGAGAAACAUAUGCGGCAGUCUCAUAGACAAAGUAAAUUAUCCAGUUUAAGUAGAAAGAGGAGAAGUAAAGAUUCACAAGAUGAAUCAACGUUAGACACAAAACCAUCUAAAUUAAGAAGUUUUUCGGAUUUAAAUCUUAGUGAAACACAAUCUAACGAAGCAGAUGAUUGUCCAAAAACGACAAAAAGUUUAAGUCUCGUUAAAGAGAGGAAAAAAAUUUCCACAGAUAACCGAUCUAUGAAAAUAAACGGAGAUCCAACUUUGAAGUGUUCGUAUUGUAAUCAAAAAUUCAACUUUCCUAGCGUAUUAAAAAGGCACGUGCGAUCUCACACGAACGAGAGGCCCUAUAUUUGUGAAAUUUGUAACAAGAGCUUUAAACAAUUGGGUCAUCUCAGUCAGCAUUCGUUAACGCACAAGGAUUAUCGUUCUUUCCAUUGUGCGGUUUGUGGAGUAAAGUUCGAAUCAUUGGGCUCACUGAAGAUCCACGCUCAGUCACACAAGCACGAUUAUAUUUCGAAAAACAAAGAGGCUUUUCGUUUAUUCGAAUGUGACAAUUGCAAAAAGGUAUUUACCACUAAGAGCGUUUUGGAGAGACACAUACUCACUCAUUCUCACGAGCGUCAAUUUGCCUGUAUAAUUUGCGGGAAAAGAUUCAAACAAGCGGGACACGUGAAGUCUCAUAUGUUGGUGCAUACGGGUGAACGAAACUUCGAAUGCUCCGUUUGCAAGAAGAGAUUCAGCCUUUCGAACUCUCUGAAGAAGCACAUGUACGUACACAAUGGGGAAAAACCGUAUCAAUGUGAUGUAUGUGGUGCACGAUUUCUUGAAAAGAGAAACCUAAACGGACAUCUUAUGACCCACACGAACGAGCGUCCGUUUCAGUGUAAAAUUUGUGGAAAGCGAUAUACUUUGGCAGACACUUUGCGUCGGCACAUAAGCGCUGCUCAUGAGGAUGGACGCACGUAUCAAUGUGAGAUCUGUGCAAAAAUGUUCAAGCAGCUUGCUCAUUUGUCUGUUCACAAAAAAGUGCACAACGAUGAACGACCAUUCCAGUGUCACUUGUGCGAAAAGAACUUUAAACAUAAAAACGUGUUGAAAUCCCACUUAGCCAUUCAUGCCAAUGUGAGGCCAUUCGAAUGUGACAUGUGCAAAGCCACAUUUGUGAGGAAAACAAAUUUGCAAACGCAUAUUACAUCGGCUCAUAUGAAUGAAAGACCGUACCUGUGUAUUAUUUGCGGCAAACGAUUCAAACAAAUUAGUCAUUUAAAUGGUCACGCGGUAGUGCACAACAAUUUAACGCCUUAUCAAUGCGACUUCUGUGAUCGACGAUGCAACAGACUUGAUAAUUUAAAAAAACAUAUGCGUCUUCAUACGAAGAAUAAAGAAUGA